GGAGCUGCGGUUGCAUGGCCCCGCCCACUGUUUGGUUUGUGAAUGGGGAAGGGGCGAAAGGGGUGGAGUUCCUUGGACUACUCAGACAUGUAUGUGUCCUUUUUCUUUUUCUUUCCUCCCCUUUUUUUCGUAACAUGCGUUCCCUCGGCUGUUCCAGCUCCCUUCCGUAGCCGCCGGGGAGACGGGUUAUAUUUGCCAAGUGUAGGGGCGCCGGCGGGAUACUUUGGCUGCCUCUUAAACCCGGGUUUCGGAGUGCGAAAAACUAGUAGAGUCAGCGCUGGUGAAGAAGGAUCACGCAGUAACUGGAUUUUUAAAAAUUACUGAAAGCCUCUAGAGUAAAAUACACGGAUCAAGCGGGAGAACUAGUAACAAUCCGUUUAACUCCUAACCUAAAUCCUAGGCUUUACGAGGCUGAGCUGCCAGGCAGGAAGUGAAGCCAGUUAAGAUUGCCACGGAGAGACUUUCUCAAGGACUUUGUCUGGCUGUUCUUCACCCACCCCACGCCCCCGGGGAAUUUAAUUUUUUCGCAGCUGAAGACCCUCCCUGCAAUUUUAUGGAACAGGUACUCUUGGGACUGAACAGCGUGUGUGCUUGAUGGUGCGGUGGAAAGACCCAUUCUAGGGAAAUCGGGGAUAGAUUUGGGUGUCGCUGCUCCGGAGAGGGAUUAUCAUCCAGCCCUUGGUGAGCGUUCAACGAGAGAGCCGGUUUAGCAACGAUCCGCUCCCUUUCACCUCCCCCAUCCAAAAGCAGGCGGCUGGGAGAACAGCAUCAGCCCCGCUGCCGCUGUGUGACCCCUUUCGCUGCUCGCCCCCUUUUUUUGCUGGGGGGGGGACUCAUGCCUUUGGAGCGAAGCGGCGCUGAGCUGUGAAGACCUCUCUCCGCCUUCCUUUUCCUUCUUCUCGCCCGACGUCGUGUGUCUGCCUGUUUUGUUUCUGACUGCCUGCUGCGUCGGAUCAUGGGUCGGGGAGCGGCGAGGAGGAGGAGGACGACGGCAGCCACCGCUCCUUUGGGCCUGGCGGUCUUCCUGUGCGCCCUCUGGGGGAUCCCCUCGGGCUCUGAGGCCCAGCCCUACCACGGAGAGAAAGGGAUCUCCGUGCCGGACCACGGCUUCUGCCAGCCCAUCUCCAUCCCGCUCUGCACUGACAUCGCCUACAACCAGACCAUCCUGCCCAACCUGCUGGGGCACACCAACCAGGAGGACGCCGGGCUGGAGGUCCACCAGUUCUACCCGCUGGUGAAAGUGCAGUGCUCGCCGGAGCUGCGCUUCUUUCUAUGCUCCAUGUACGCGCCUGUCUGCACCGUCCUGGAGCAGGCCAUCCCGCCCUGCCGGUCCCUCUGCGAGCGGGCACGCCAAGGCUGCGAGGCCCUCAUGAACAAGUUUGGCUUUCAGUGGCCCGAACGCCUCCGCUGCGAGAACUUCCCGGUGCACGGCGCGGGUGAGAUCUGCGUGGGGCAAAACACCUCGGACACCUCCGGCGGGGGGGCAGAAGGAGGUGGUGGCGGCGGUGGAGGAGGAGGAGGAGGGGACACGGGCCCUCCCAGAAGUGCCACCACAGCCCACCCCACCUCCUCCCACCACCCUCACCCUCUGCCUCCCACUCACCUUCUGCCUCCCACUCACCUUCUGCCUCCCACCAGCCAUGCUUUCUCAUGUCCCCGCCAGCUCAAGGUGCCCCCUUACCUGGGCUACCGCUUUUUGGGCGAGAGAGACUGUGGGGCCCCUUGCGAGCCGGGUCUCCCCAAUGGCCUGAUGUACUUCAAGGAGACGGAGGUCCGCUUUGCCCGCCUCUUGGUGGGCAUCUGGUCAGUGCUGUGCUGCGCCUCCACCCUCUUCACCGUCCUGACCUACCUGGUUGACAUGAGGCGCUUUAGCUACCCGGAGCGACCCAUCAUCUUUCUCUCGGGCUGUUACUUCAUGGUGGCCAUGGCUUACGUGGUGGGCUUCGUGUUGGAGGACAAGGUGGUGUGCGUGGAACGCUUUUCCGAGGACGGCUACCGCACUGUGGUGCAGGGCACCAAGAAGGAAGGCUGCACCAUCCUCUUCAUGAUCCUUUACUUUUUUGGCAUGGCCAGUUCCAUCUGGUGGGUCAUCCUUUCUCUCACCUGGUUCCUGGCAGCUGGCAUGAAGUGGGGCCACGAGGCUAUUGAAGCCAACUCCCAGUACUUCCACUUGGCCGCCUGGGCUGUGCCUGCCAUCAAGACCAUCACCAUCCUGGCCAUGGGGCAGGUGGAUGGGGAUGUCCUCAGCGGGGUCUGCUACGUGGGCAUCUACAGCGUGGAUGCGCUGCGUGGUUUCGUCUUGGCCCCGCUCUUUGUCUACCUCUUCAUCGGCACCUCCUUCCUGCUGGCCGGUUUUGUGUCCCUCUUCCGCAUACGGACGAUCAUGAAGCACGACGGCACCAAGACCGAGAAGCUGGAGAAGCUCAUGGUGAGGAUUGGGGUCUUCAGUGUCCUCUACACGGUGCCGGCCACCAUCGUGCUGGCCUGCUACUUCUACGAGCAGGCGUUCCGGGACACGUGGGAGAGAACCUGGCUCUUGCAGACCUGCAAGAGCUACGCCAUCACUUGCCCCACCAACUUUGCCCCGAUGAGCCCUGACUUCACCAUCUUCGUGAUCAAGUACCUCAUGACCAUGGUUGUAGGGAUCACCACCGGCUUCUGGAUUUGGACUGGCAAAACCCUCCAGUCUUGGCGGCGUUUUUACCAUAGACUCAGCACUGGCAGCAAAGGGGAGACUGCAGUAUGAGCCUCUACCCCAUUCCCUGCUGUCUCCUCAGAGCUGCUGUUGCUUCUUACAGAAAAGACAUUAUUGGAAGGACAGAGGGUUCGGUGAGAGGGAUAUUUUUUUCCUUCAAACACUGCCUCUUCUUCUUACCAAGAGGUAAAUGUUACAUGCAAAGAACACGCUGACUUGAUUUUCCUCGCUGGCCAAGUUGAAGAGCAUACAAUAAGUAUCCUUAAGAAUGCUCUUCAGGACAGUAAAUUUCUUACCCUAUGAAAGUGUCUUUACUUCCCCCCUCCCCCUUUUUUUAAAAAAGUACUGCAGUAUCUGUUUAAAGGGAAAUGCUGGAAUUGUGCCAAGGAUGGAAAUUGAGGGGAGUGGGGAAGGAAGAAAUGCAGCCCCCCUCUCUCUGCCCCCCCAAGUGGUCACAUUCAUGGAUUUCAGUGGUGCCAAAUUGGAACUCUGAUAGAUCAUCCCACCCCACCAACAUUCAGCGUCCUAAUCUGCUAUCUUUGUAGUCAUAUCCCAGCAGGCAUAGUAUGAGAGUCCUGGGGCUAUACUGUCAGCUGAAUGUUUUAUUCAGUUUCAUUAUUUUUUUUAAAAAAAGACAACAUUGCCAAUUAGAGUCUUAUUGGGGUUUCCUACAUAUGUUGUGAGUCUAAGGCAGCCAUCCUAUAUACACCUCUUUAGGAGUUUCAGUGCAAUCUUCCACAUGCUAAUCGGAAAUCUGCCCUAUUAAGUUCAAUGGGUCCUACUCCUGAGUAAGUGUGUAUGCAGGAUUUUAGUUUCCUAUAUCCACUUACUUGGGAGCAAGUCCCAUAGAACUCAAUGGGCCUUCUGAGUAGACCCAUAUAGGAUUGCCCUACAAGUUGCAGUGACCUCAGUGGACUCUUCUAGACAAUGUGCAAAAGUUUGGAUUAUAAAAAAUGUUUAAAGUUUCUUUCCAACUAAAUUUUGCCUUGGCAUAAAGGGUCUUGCUAGGAGAGUGGGAUGGGGAGGGGAGGAGGCAAGAGGAGCUUUGGUGUAGGACUCUAGAAAAGAAGUGACAUGUUGAUUGUAGGCAGAAUGCUUUUCACUGUCUUGCCUUUUGUUAAAGGAGACAAAGGAGAAACAAAAGUGUGUUUCUCUAUGGCACAGCAUAAGCAUGGGAUCAGUUUUUUAUGGGGAAACUUAACAAAGAAUUUGUUGAGGUUUAGCUAUAGAGCUUGCUAGCUCAGGCAACUCCACAUUCCUUUUAUGAAUACACGAGGGAAAGGAAGUUUCAGGAAAGUCUCCUGUUUAACUCAAAGAAAUCUGAGACUCCCGCUCCUUCCUUUUAUAUAUAUAUAAAUGGAGUUUUAAUUUGGAACACCUGACAAAACAGUUAGCAUAUCAAAAUAUGUAAAACAGGCAUAUAUAAUAUCUCCUUUCUUUCCACAAGGUGCCGUUUCCCCUGCCAAUUAUAUAGAUCACCCUUUGAUACUGUAAAAAGGGAAAAGGCCUAGAAAUUUACAACAACCCCCAAAAGGGGGGGGGGAGAGAAAAAAGCUAGCAGUCCAGUCCUACAUUGGUGGCAAUCCAGUGCUCCGUUUACAUGGUUUAAAAAGUCAAUUGAAAUCAGUGGAUUUUUUUAUAGCACAACUAUCUCUGUGCUGGAUUGUGGCCAUUAUGUGGAAAUAGAUUCUACUGGAAACAAGAUUUACAGGACAGUCCUAUCCAUGUUUAUGCUGAUGUAAAUUCUAUUGUGCUCAAUGGGGAUUCUCUAGUUUAGGAUUACAGCCUUAAUUUUCAGCAGAAAGUCAUCAUGAAUAAGGCUGUAAUCCUGUGCUCCUAGAAAGGAAGUAUGUUCCACUCAGUAGUACUUUCGAAAUUAAAAUGCAUGGCAGUAGAUUGCAUAUCCCACUGAAAUCAAUGGCAGGACAUUAAUCAUCACUAUUUUAAGUCCCAUAGAUGAGGCACAAUUACAAGUCGACAACUAACUUUUUCUGGAUUGUGCUCAAGCUGUUUAAGGAGUAGUAGACUUGCAGUUACUGGUUUGCCUUGUUCCUAUGCUGUGCAUUUCUUUACAAAAAUUAAAAUAAAUUUGGUGUUCUGAGGCAGCAGUGCUAUAUCGUGGGAAUAAGAUUUAGGCUUACUGCUAAGUAGACAAAUAUAGGAUUGUGCUAUGAAUCUCUUUUCUUGAACAGUCACCUUAUUAAAUAUAGAGUCUUAACUUCUGAAAUUAAAGUGAAAGGGUGUUUUAAGUACAGGAUCAUCUUAUAUGAAAUUCCUCAAAGGCAGCCAGCCAUUGAUAAAAGAAAUUAAGUUUUACUUCAGAAGCAUUUCGUAUUCCUUUCUGAAAUGUUCCAUUGCUUGCAGUCUCUUAUUGGGGUUUUUUAAUGAGUCCUUCGAUUUCCCAUUCCUUCCCAUGACUAUAAUAAUUUCCUUUUCUAUAUAUACAUACAUACAUAUAUAUAUAUGAAUGGAGAUCAAGUUUUUAAACAAAGUAUAUUGGUAAGGGAGAGGAAAGUUGUCAAAGGGGCACACAGGGCAUGGAGUUUGGGGAUGAAGCAGCAAGACAAACACCCACCACCACCUAUAUAAUUCUGCAGUGUAUUUGAUCUCCCUGGUUCAGAGAUCCUGGUUUGUUUGGUGUGUGUUUUUAAAAGUGUACACAAGACAAGCUGAAAGUGCACUAUGUAUAUUUUGUAAAUCUGACAUUUUGUAAGAAUAUAUAUAUGUAUUUAUGUUUUAUUUACUUUUUGUUUCAAAAGGUCUGUGUAAGACCCAUUUCUUCAUUAUGUACAGAACACAAAAAUAAAUGGAUUUUUAAUACUUUUUUUACAGUUA